GAGAAAUCGAAUUAAUUUUAGACUUUGUCAAGCACAUUCGAGUCACUAGGGUGACCAAUGAAAAGUUAACAAUCUUCAGGGAGCCUAUAAUUUACUUCCGAUCUGUCAUUGGUUGUAAUAUGGUGUGUUGAGAAUCGCUAUUUUCUAUACUGGGUGUUCUGAAAUGUCCUGGAUUUGAGUUGUAUGUAAUGAAGGAACGGACCAAUUUUUAUGACAAUACUAGAUGAUUUAAGCCUAAGUAAAGUUCAGCCGCUGUAAAUAUUGAUUUGUGGAUCUCCGGUAAUUUAUAGUAAAUAUGACGUCGGAUGACGCUAGAGGGACUGAUAUUACAGUUGAAAUUCAUCAAACAUUACUUUCCAUUAAUCGAUUAACGUUGAAAAUAAAGAAUGAACUAGGAGUAAUUAAUGAACUCAUAAAAGAGAAUGGUCAGCUCAGUGCAGCAGUAACCAACGCAAAUGAAACACUGACUGCUGCGGCUGAAGGUAUGGGAAUAAAUGUUGAAGAUGUUCUUCACAACAAUGAGGAAGAAAACGAAUUUCAGGUCGAUUUGAAGAGUUGUCUGUCUUCUGCUGAAUUUCAAAAGAAGAUAACAGCAUGUUUAAACAAUAUGUAA